ACUCGAGAACACGAUUUCCGAAUGCACUCGAUGAUCCAUACACAUUGAACUCCAGUCCAAUCGAUACGUUACUAUUAAUGAAUGAAAAUGUCAGCCGACGAACUAGUGCCGUGACGUCACAGCAGCGAGGUCGGGGAAGAAGGCAAGAUGGCGACUACUCAACACGCUUGUUAUUAUGCGUUGUUAGCACUGGCGGAAGAAUUUCGCACCAUGAAUCCACCGAAUAUAAGGAAUUGCAUUCAGUGUCUGGUUUCCGUCUUUAAUCUUAAGCUACAUCAAAGAGUAGAAGCGCGAACUCACUUGCAACUCGGUAAUAUACUGCUUCAAUAUACGAAGAAUACCGACUUGGCACAGUCCCAUUUAGAAAAAGCGUGGUUCCUGUCCCAGAAUAUAAGUGACGAAAUAAAGUUUGAAAUUGCCAGUGUUUUGGCUGAAUUAUAUGAAAGAAAGAACCAAACGCCUCUUGCCAAAACGAUUCUGCAAAAAGCAAUUGAAAUAUCUCAGCAGUCCGUGUUUUGGCAUUGCCGUGCUCUUUUCCAGCUUGCGCACAUUCAUGCAGGAGAAAAGGAUUACGUUCAAGCUUGUAACGUGCUUGGCGUGGGUGCAGAAUAUGCCCAGUUAUCGGGUGCACAAUAUACUCGUAUUUUGUUUCUGUUGAGUAAAGGAAUGUUGCUGAUGAUCGACAGGAAAUUUCAAGAAGUUCAUCAAGUAUUGACAUUAGCAGGCCAAUUAGUUGAACAAUGGCAAGGCAGUAGCCAUCAAAAAGAAGCAUUAAAAGUCUUUUUUCUUGUAUUACAAGUUUGUCAUUAUCUUACUGCUGGACAGGUAAAGAGUGUAAAACCGUGUCUCAAGCAAUUACAGCAAGGAAUACAAACAAUUACAUCGCUGCAUGCUGAUGAAGAAGUGAUUCCUGCUAGUCACGGUGAUAUGUUUCAGUGGAUGCCGAAAGAACAUAUGUGCGUUCUUGUGUACCUGGUAACAGUUCUUCAUUCAAUGCAAGCUGGUUAUAUGGAUAAAGCUCAGAAAUACACUGAUAAAGCUCUGAUGCAGAUUGAAAAAUUAAAAAUGGUCGACAGCCAUCCAAUAUUACAUUCUUUUCAAUUACUCUUACUUGAACAUAUUGCAAUGUGCAGAUUAGUAAUGGGAAACAAAACGCUGGCCAUACAAGAAGCAUCUCAAGCUCUCCAAAUUUGUAGGCAAGAACCACGUCUGUUUUUGCGUCACAAACCACAAGUUCAUGCUUUAUUGGGUUUAUACGCCAUGUCAAUGAAUUGUAUGGAAGCGGCGGAAGCACAGUUUAGCACAGUGGUUCGGUGCAAUGGCUCUAUAGAACUUCAAAUAUUAGCUAACUUAAAUUUGGCCAUUGUGUAUUUGAGAAGCAAACGAGACAAAGAAUUAUUAGAAUUAUUGACUCGACUCAAUCCGGAAACCUUGCCUAUAGUUUCACACAGUUUACGGGCAGCAGCCUAUUAUGUUCAUGGUUUAAACGCAUUUUUCCAAGCUCGUUACAAUGAUGCAAAGCGUUACUUACGAGAGACUUUAAAGAUGGCCAAUGCGGAAGAUCUGAAUCGCUUAACUUCGUGCUCUCUUGUCCUCUUAGGUCAUAUAUUCUUCUCUUUAGGAAAUAGCAGAGAAAGUAUGAAUAUGGUGACCCCAGCUAUGCAACUUGCAAGUAAAAUUCCCGACGUUCACGUUCAGUUAUGGGCCUCUGCACUGUUAAAAGACUUGUACAGAAUUUGUGCCGACCCAUUACGAGAACAAGAAGCCAUUCAGACACACACUUCGUUUUCUCAGUUACUACUUAAAGAUCAUUUUCAAGCAUCUCAACUUCCAGAACACUGUCUAAUUCAGUGGAUAGAAGGAGAUCCUCCAUUACUUCCCAGCCAUCCACCACCGCCUGCACCUACAUUAUUGUGAUUAAGAAGCCGUCUCAAUACCUAUCAUCUCUAUCGACAUCGGCAGAUUAAGUAUUGUAUACACAAUAUUUUAAAUUGCAAAUUUAUGAAAAGAAAAACAGACUUGUAAAUAUUUGUAUAUAGGAUAAUCACUGUUUAAUGUUAUAAGAAGAUUUUAUAAUUUUUUUAAAUAAAUAGAGAUCAGCACGUAUGUGUACUACUGAA